AUGGCUGGGGUAGGUCCGAUCGAUGAAGGCAAGGGCAAGGCCAUUGCCAAGGCCAGGGCCAGCACUCCACCCACCGGAGGCGCAGCAUCGCAACUGCAGGUCAUCUACUUGAACUUCCUCACUCUCGAGUCGAAACCUUUUGAACAUCCGGCCGACACCCCCAGGGAGAACCAUGCGCUGGGCUUCCGCGCUCUCAAAAACAUGGACGAUCGUCACACGGCUUAUAUCUUCUCCAAUGACCAUCCUCUAGCGAGAGGGGCUGCAGGACGGCUGACGGAUGUUAUCAUCCCGAAGCUUCUCAAGCUCGGCGUCACCGCGCAUGCCGAGACACUUUGCCAACUUGGCACCUUCAUCGCUUUGAGAGUUACGAUACUGCACGCCAACGAGACCAGGCUAAACUCGCACAGGUUGAUCACCGUUUUCGACCUGCUCCACUCUUGCGCCGGGUGUGACUUCGAGCAAACCGAUGUUCUCCAAACUCUUGUGCCCCUUAUCUCCGAUAAGCUCCCUGAGCUCUUGGAAGAAGAGGGGAUGUUGGUGGAGCUCAUCGUUUUGCAAACGAAGGAAGAGGAGAUGGAGUACAUCAGCAAGAUGAGGAGCCAUCUCGGACACCCGGCGGGUCAAACGCGAGAGUACUGCACGCCGGGAUCGACAUGCUGCCUUCAAUGA